UCGUGUUAACACAAGAACAAAAAAUGAAAAUCUUUAAACCCAAAGCAAAAGUGCAAAACCCUCUAAAAAGGAAAGAGAGAAUUCCAGACACCUAAGCAGGAAUAGAGAGAGCUGAGAGCAAUAGACCCAGAAGACAUUGCUCAGCUAAUGUUUUAAGUUGGUUUUUGGGAAAUGCAGAUGCAAGUUCUACUACCAAUGCGACCUUGUUUUGCUGAGCUCUUGAGUCGUCAAUGGCUUAAACCUUCCGGCCUCCGUGCAUUCUCUUCUUCAUCAGAUUACUCGAAACAAUCCCGUGGCGGCCUCCCUCGCUUCUUCUCCGAAGUUCUUCCUUCUUCCAAAGGUGGUGUUGUUCGUAUACAAGAUGAUGAAUUCUGGCAUAUGACUAAAGUUUUAAGGUUGAGCACGAACGAUAGGGUAGAGCUCUUCAAUGGGAAAGGAGGUCUGGUAGAAGGGUGCAUUCAGAGGAUUGACCGUACUGGACUUGAUUUUCUGGCAAUAGGAGAUCCAAAGUUAGUUACUCCUGAUACUACAAAGUGGCAUGUAUUUGCAGCAUUUGGUACUCUAAAAGGUGGUCGAGCUGACUGGCUUGUUGAGAAAUGCACUGAGUUGGGAGCUUGUAGCGUAACCCCUCUGUUGACGGAACGCUCUCCAUCAAUCUCAGAAAACCGAGUGGACAGAUUGCAACGCGUCAUUCUAGCAGCAACUAAACAAUGUCAAAGGCUGCAUGAAAUGCUUCUAAAUCCUCCUACAAAAAUUGAUGGACUCUUACCUCUAGUGAGUUGUUCUUCCCUUCUUUUUAUUUGCUCAGUCAAAGCUACUCCUGUUGUUAGUGUAUUGGCUUCAUCGAGAAAAGAAUCAAGUGGAUUAAUAAUAGUGGGACCAGAAGGAGACUUCACAGAGAGAGAAUUGGCCAUGAUGAUGGAAGCAGGUGCUACAGCUGUUGGUCUUGGUCCACUUCGUCUGCGUGUUGAAACUGCAACAAUGGCUCUUUUGGCAACUCUGAUGUUAUGGUCUGAUGCUCAGCAAUUGGCCAAUGCCUAGAUGCAUUUAUAAGCAAUGGUAUCAGAUUGAUAAAUGGUUUGUUCAGGCUCCAUUGAGGUCAAAUUUUAACUUCUGACAGUCAGAGCACACAGAAAUAAUGCAAUUGUCAUCAAUUUUGUUCAACAUAUAUGCAUACAAUGACCUUUAAUGGGUACUUGAAACUCAUGCUUAUUGCUAUAAUAUAUUAAUUACCAAACAUAGUUCUACUUUUACAUGCUCAAAUUUUUUGUGGGAAAAUGGCAGGUUUCUUGCUAUUGUACCUACUGAUAGGCACAGGCUUAUGCAUGUCUUUUUUCCCACUGUUUAGAACCUGAACACAAUGUAACCUGUGCAUUAUAUAUAAAAUACUGUAUAAUAAACGUCCAAAUCUGGACAUGUUUCAUUUGGCAAA